GCGACGAGCUGGGUAGGCGCACUGGCGGCUGCGCACGGUGCGCGUGGGCGUGUCCGAGCGGGGCCACGCUGCCGCCCCACCCCCCUGUGUCGGUUUGCCCCCAAGGCCGGGCUAGAACGCGCGCAGGGCCGUUUGGCCGGGCCCGCGUGCCCUCGGCGGCUCCGCUGUGCUCGAGCGGCUCGGGGCCGGACAUGCUGGGAGCCGCUCAGGGAACCGCCACUGUCGCCGCCGCCGCCGCCACUGCCACCCGCGGGGCGGGUCUCUGAGGCGCCGAGAUGAAAUUCCCGGCCUCGGUGUUACCAUCCCUGUUCCUGUUCGUGGCUGAGACCAUAGCGGCGUUCUACCUGAGCAGCACCUACCGCUCGGACGGGGACCGCAUGUGGCAGGCGCUGACGCUCUUCUUCUCGUUGAUGCCCUGUGUGCUGGUGCAGCUCACACUCCUCUUCGUCCACCGCGACCUGAGCCGCGAUCGCCCACUGGUGCUGCUCAUGCACCUGCUCCAGCUCGGGCCCCUGUUCAGAUGUUUUGAAGUCUUUUGCAUCUACUGUCAGUCCAACCAGAAUGAAGAGCCUUAUGUGAGCAUCACCAAGAAACGGCAGAUGCCAAAGGAUGGCCUUGCAGAGGAGGUUGAGAAGGAAGUGGGCCAGGCAGAAGGCAAGAUGUUUACCCACCGCUCUGCCUUCAGUCGGGCCUCUGUGAUCCAGGCUUUCCUAGGCUCUGCCCCACAGCUGACCCUGCAGCUCUAUAUCACCGUCUUGCAGCAGAGCUUCACUACUGGAAGAUGUGUCAUCAUGACCUUGUCCCUGUUGUCCAUUGUGUAUGGAGCCUUGCGUUGCAACAUCUUAGCCAUCAAAAUCAAGUACGAUGAGUAUGAAGUCAAAGUCAAACCCCUGGCCUAUGUCUGUAUCUUCCUAUGGAGGAGCUUUGAGAUUGCCACCCGCGUCAUCGUCCUGGUCCUCUUUACCUCUGUCCUGAAGAUCUGGGUGGUGGCAGUCAUACUUGUCAACUUCUUCAGCUUCUUCUUGUACCCCUGGAUUCUUUUCUGGUGCAGUGGCUCCCCAUUCCCCGAAAACAUUGAGAAGGCACUGAGUAGGGUGGGUACCACCAUCGUACUGGGUUUCCUCACUUUACUCUAUGCUGGUAUCAACAUGUUCUGCUGGUCAGCUGUACAGCUCAAAAUCGACAGUCCUGACCUCAUCAGCAAAUCCCAGAAUUGGUACCGGCUUCUGAUUUACUACAUGAUGAGAUUCAUUGAGAAUUCCGUCCUCCUGCUCCUGUGGUAUUUUUUCAAAACUGACAUAUACAUGUAUGUGUGUGCACCUCUGUUGAUUCUGCAGCUGCUCAUUGCAUAUUGCACAGGUGUUCUUUUCAUGCUUGUGUUCUAUCAGUUUUUCCACCCUUGCAAGAAGCUCUUCUCUUCCAGUGUUUCUGAAAGCUUUAGGUCAUGUCUCAGGUGUGUCUGCCUGUCCUGUGUGAGGAGAAAAUCCUCUGAGCCAGUAGUAAAGGUAGACACGGAUUUAAAGUCAUGCACAGAUCAAGAUCCAGAUCCAGAACAAGAUCAAGGUGAAGGUGAAGAUCAAGAUGUAAGACCUUCUACCAGUAGAGUAAGUUCUCAUCCCUCUGAAAUGUGGAGUGCUGUUGAUGUGUACUCUGCUUAAUGGACCCUGAAGCAUUUCAAAAGAAAGGGAUAUUGUAUUCUGGGAUAAUAACUACUCUUCAUACAAGGAA